GGCCGGGCGGAGAGGCGACAGUGCCGGUGCCGCUGCCGGGGGGGGGGGGGGCUCCGCCGCGGGCGGCCGUGGAGCCAUGGCCACUCUCAGUGAAAAUGUCCUGUUUGGAAUGGGAAAUCCUCUGCUUGAUAUCUGUGCAGUUGUGGACAAGGACUUCCUUGACAAGUAUGGGCUGAAGCCAAAUGACCAAAUUUUGGCAGAGGAGAAGCACAAGGAACUAUUCGAAGAACUUGUGAAAAAGUUCAAAGUAGAAUAUCAUGCUGGUGGUUCCACUCAAAAUUCCGUUAAAGUGGCCCAGUGGAUGAUUCAGAGACCUCACAAAGCUGCAACUUUCUUCGGCUGCAUUGGCAAAGAUAAAUUUGGAGAGAUCUUGAAGAAGAAGGCUGAGGAAGCUCAUGUGGAUGCCCACUAUUAUGAGCAGAGUGAAGAGCCAACAGGAACCUGUGCUGCCUGCAUCACUAGUGAUAACAGGUCUCUUGUAGCUAACCUCGCUGCUGCUAACUGCUACAAGAAGGAAAAACAUCUUGAUUUGGAGAAGAACUGGAAGUUGGUGGAAAAGGCCAAAGUUUAUUAUAUAGCAGGAUUCUUCCUGACAGUGUCACCAGAAGCAGUAUUAAAAGUGGCUGCUCAGGCUUCUGCCAACAACAAGAUCUUCAGCUUGAAUCUUUCUGCACCAUUUAUAAGCCAGUUCUACAAAGAGCCAAUGAUGAAAGUCAUGCCUUACGUGGAUGUUCUUUUUGGAAAUGAAACGGAAGCUGCUGCUUUUGCUAGAGAGCAAGGCUUUGAGACUGAAGACAUUAAAGAGAUAGCCCGGAAGACGCAAGCCCUGCCGAAGGUGAACUCUAAAAGGCAGCGAAUUGUAGUCUUCACCCAAGGCAAAGAUGACACUAUACUGGCUACAGAAAAUGAAGUGACUACUUUCCCUGUGUUGGUGAGUGAUCAGAGUGAAAUUGUGGAUACCAAUGGAGCUGGAGAUGCAUUUGUUGGAGGCUUUCUGUCCCAGCUCGUCUAUGAUCGGCCAGUGACUGAGUGCAUCCGGGCUGGACAUUACGCAGCCAGCGUCAUUAUCAAGCGUUCAGGUUGCACCUUUCCAGAGAAGCCUGACUUCCACUGAUAGUGGUGAAUUGGAGGGAUCAAGAGUAACUUCUGUGUUGCCAUGGGAUUGCUGCCUAAAUUCUUCCUCCUUCCUUUUCCUUACCUUUCCAGUACCUGCAUCAACGCUUCUGUACUUCUGUUCAUUGUAUUCUAAACAAAAUAUAUAUUUCUAUGGUG